UUAGCAAUAAAUAAACAAAUAAUCACCGGUAAGUCUGUUACCAAAACAUCAAAAGAGCAUCAUCGUCAAAACUCGACCUCUGAAAAGACCCACCGUAUAUCAUUUAAACAGUUUGAACGUGCUUCUUCAUUUGAAAUCUUAGGGUUAGGGCUUUCCUCUCUGGUUUUUCACUCUUACAAGAAAGGAUCUUUCUUUUAACUCCCAAGAAAUGCGAAAUCUCGAACUCCAAACUCAAGCUUCUCCAUUUUCAAUUCCAAUUUCACAAAACCCUAACAAUUCCACUCUCAAAGAAGGGGGUUUUGUUGGCUUAGGGUUGUUUAAUUGGCUGUACGAGUGCCAUGGAUUCUUGCACAAUGUGAUCUUGAUUUCGGCUUCUCUUGCUUUUGUACUUUACUUGGCAUUUCAGGCUAAAAAGUGUUUUGCCAAGUUAUCGCAUGGAAGAUCCUAUAUCAUGAUCGCUUAUUAUGGGAUUCUUUGGCUUGUUAGCUUGCUUAAUCUUGCUUGGUGUUUCUUUCAGGCAUGGGAGUGCACUCCUGGAAAAGAAUUAACAUGGAAUAUCUUAUCUUUGUUUACAACAUCUGGAAUGCUGUUUUUGGAAGUAAGCUUGAUUGCCUUUUUACUCCAAGGAAAUUAUGCAAGUGGAUUGGAAGCUUUGACACGAACCUUUGCUGUGUCAGCACUCAUCGUUGGUUUGGACAUACUCCUCAAGGCAAUUUAUAUGUUUGGGCUUGGGAUCCCUUUGUUUAUUGAUAGCAACGAACAGACUCAUCAUAUGAAGUGGAGCUUGUGGGUUAUCCACAGGCUGGUGCUAACAGCAGUUUAUGGCUUCAUAUUGUUCAUGUACCAUUCUAAGUGGAGGGAAAGGUUACCUGCAAGGCCUGCAUUCUACAAAUAUAUUGUUAUUAUGUUUGCAUUGAAUGCACUAGCGCUGUUUGCCUGUGGGCUUACUGGUCAUGGAGCUGGUUUUGGUUUCUGGUUAUAUGGCAUAACAAUUGUUUGCUACCAUGCAUUUUACCUGCCUCUGCUACACAAGACAUUUUUAGCAGACUUUUUCCAGGAGGAAGAUUUACAUCUAGAGAAUGUAUACUAUUCAGAGAUGAAAGAUGCUGGUUUCUUUGACGCGGACUGGGAAUGAUGCAAUAAGUAAUUCUGAACACUUUCUGCCCUGACGUUCUGUAUAUAGUAGUGCAACAGCUCAGAUGGCAAAAUGCUGCAUUUGAAGGGACGCUUGUUACAUGCCGACGUGCUGCUUUUGUGGUGAAUGUAGCUCUGAUAUAUAAGGUGCUUUGUUGUGUACCAAUUGGGAUCCCUGGUUAAUAUGCAUUCCAUGUUAACAAUGUAUAAUCCAGAAUAAGUGAAGCAUGAGGGAGUUCUUUUGUGGUCAAGAGGAAGAUAUUUAGUUAAUAAUAAAAUUGUCCUGUUCUUAAUCGUAA